AUGCCUUCCAUGGGGCUGCAGGUGAUGGGCAUCUCGCUGGCCGGGCUGGGCUGGCUGGGGGCCAUCGUGAGCUGCGCGCUGCCCAUGUGGCGGGUGACGGCCUUCAUCGGCAGCAACAUCCUGACGGCGCAGACCAUGUGGGACGGGCUGUGGAUGAACUGCGUGGUGCAGAGCACGGGGCAGCUGCAGUGUAAGGUGCACGACUCGAUGCUGGCGCUGCCGCAGGACCUGCAGGCGGCCCGCGCGCUCAUGGUGGUCAGCAUCGUGGUGGCCGCGCUGGGCGUGCUGCUGUCCGUCGUGGGCGGCAAGUGCACCAACUGCGUGGAAGACGAGAGCGCCAAGGCCAAGACCAUGAUCGUGACGGGCGUGGUCUUCCUGGUGGCUGGGGUGCUGGUCAUGGUGCCCGUGUCCUGGACGGCCAACAGCAUCAUCCGCGACUUCUACAACCCGCUGGUGGCCUCUUCGCAGAAGCGGGAGAUGGGCGCCGCCCUCUACGUCGGCUGGGCCUCCGCGGGCCUGCUGCUGCUGGGCGGGGGUCUGCUGUGCUGCAACUGCCCCCCUCGUGGGGACAAGGCUUACUCGGCCAAGUACUCGGCCGCCCGCUCGGCGGCCACCAGCAACUAUGUCUAA